AUGAGCAGUGUGGAGCGCUACCGGUCAAACACUUAUCAUAGUCAUGCUUGUCAUCCUCAUCUCAGUCGUUUCGAUGAGUUACGAAGAAAUGUGGCCAGCGAUACUGAUCCGUCGCCAUCCUGUCGACAAGCGAACCCACCAAAUAGAUGUGUACAUCUGUCAGCAAAUUCGACCCCACGAGAUAUUCGGAUUCAAGUUCCACUGAAAAAUCUUCUCAAGACUAACAGUCGAAGUCAGACGAGUGUCCAAUCGUCUCCGUACACCUUCAACAUAAACAAAUCAACAGGCGAUGCAGAAAUUCACGAAGAGAGCGAUCAAAAAAGGUUUGUGUAG